AUGUCGUCUGCGCCUACGUCGUCGUCUGCGCCUACGUCGUUCUCUGCGCCUACUCCCUACAACUUCAUCUGUUCCUACAACUUCAUCUGUUCUUAUGACAAUUACCCCUACGACAUCAUCCGCCCUUGGAACAUCGUCCGUUCUUACAUCUUCUAUUCCUACGACCUCUUCCGGUCCUACAACAUCAUCCGUCCUCACAACAUCAUCUGUCCUUACAUCUUCUAUUCCUACGACCUCUUCUGGUCCUACGACCUCUUCUGCAUCACGACCACGGCCCCAGCUGGCUCCGUUUCGACUGUCCAGGGUGAAUAUGGAUGCUACACCGACUUCGGCCCGAGGUCAGUCGCCAAUGUAGAGACAUUCUCCAGAAUCUAUUCCAUCACCACGCCCGUCACCUACUACAACUACGUCACCCCGUCCAAGGUAACGGUGACUAUCACUCCUACCGGCGUCUCCCCUGCCGGCCAAACAGAUCCCGCUACGAUCACGAGCACUCUGACUCUCACAACUAUCACCAGCAUCACUGCAGGCACCUUCGCCACUGUGCCAGCACCAGCAGGGUUCACACCUCUCGCCUCUGCCCUCGUACGCGACAGUGCCCAGAAUAUGGGUGGCAAUUCUCCUUUCAUCGGGGAGCGUUCUGUAAGGCAGCCUCUGGUGCUUGGCCUUAACGCCAACAAUGCUGCCCUUGUCGCAGACCCGCCCCUAUUCCCUCAGGUUGUCCACUGCGAGCGCGUCAUCCGCAUCUUCACCACCACCACUGUGGAGAACACCAUCACUGGCGUCUUCACGACUUUCGUCACCGCACCGACGCCUAGCCAGAGUGUCCCAUCCGUCCCUGCGCAGGUCACCAAAACCGCCACCACGUACACCACAUCGACCGUCACUGCUGCAUCGAUGCCGACUGCCACCCUGUACGCAGCUUGCCAGUCCGAUAACCUGGUCUCGCACGUUCCUGGCAGACGCCCCAUCGUUCAAGCGGCCAGCGACUAUAGCAUCACCCGUGAGAGACGCCACGCCGACUCAGCCUACGCCUGCUGCGUCUCGUGCCAGCUGGAGAACGGCUGCACGGGUAGCUUGUACUACCGCGGCGCAUGCUUUACCUUCAGGCCUUCCACCGACACCUGCGGCAACCCUGGCGAUCUUCGCUGGGGCCGCAGGGCCAACUUUGAUGGCGCUUUCAUUGCUAGCAACGGCAAGUGCGGCUCUUGGAGGCUUUCUCGGACCCCUCCAUCUACGGAGUGGGAAGACGAGCCUUUCGUUCGGAAGUGA